UUGUUGGCGUCGCGCGGACUGCCUGGGAAACGGGGAAGCCCUUCGGAACGUUGGCCCAGGAAAUCGGGGGAUUCUUCGGAACGUUACCCGGAGCUUGUGGAGGAUGUAACAAUGGGGGCGCGUUUGGCACGUGCGAUGCGGAACUUUAACCUGGAGAACAGGGCGCACGUGGAGAUCGGCAAGCAGAAGCCGAGCAGCGCUCCCAGGCACCCGAGUAGCAUGGCACUGAUCGAGCAACAACUCAGCAAUCACCCUGAAACAAAUGAAGUUCAUAAUAAGAAUGAAGAACUUCUGUCUUUACUCAAAGAUAUUUAUGUUGAUUCAAAGGAAAUUCCUGCAAAGAAACGUGCAACUUCUGAAACAUCUAAGCAGCUGCAGGAGCACAGACUCCUCAAAUCUAACUUGGAUUAUGAGCUGUUCAACAUUACAAAGGUUCCUAAAGGCAAAUUGAGUAUAGUGGAGGCUCUUACCAUCCUCAAUAACCACAAACUCAAGCCUGACCUAUGGACAGCUGACAAAAUAGCUGAAGAUUACUGUCUAGAACUUAAAGAUGUUAAAGGACUGCUGGAAUUUUUCAAACCAUUUGAAAUAAAAGUUCUACCUCCAAAACAAAUCAAUAAGGAACUUCUAACUGCUAGUUAGUAAAUAUGCACAUUUUCAGACUAAUAAUAAGUAAGUUAGAUAUCUUUACUGUAUUUAAGAUUUGCAAUGUUUUCAGGUUAUGGGAACAUCAUAGAUAUUUUGUUCAGAAGUUUUAGAGUUAUACUGAGACCUGUGGAUGAACUCAGAACCACAAAAUAUGUUCUAGAUAUGAAUUAUCCGAUUAAAAUGUUGUGCAAGAAAGCAUAAUUCUGCAAACGUGCAGCUGCUCCGGCCAGCUUGAUAUAGAUAACUACAUUUUACAGGUUCUAGUCAAUUUUUUGAAACUGAGCUGUCAGACACACUUUAAACUGACAACUGCACUAGCUGGUUUCAAUAAAGGUUCCAUGCUAUACAUUAUUGUGUUUAUUUAAUCCUUGGUAUUGUAUCUUGAUCCUGUUAAUAUAAGAAGUGAAUACGUUUAUAUGAUUUUAUGCAUGUUCAUUGUACUUUAACCUUGAAUGCACUGACAGUUUCAAUUUUUCAUACGCAAUAUUGGAAGUACAAGUUGUGAUUAACAAUAUUAAAGAUAACAUUUCAUUGUGAUUGUGAUAA